ACUAUUCAACAGUCAGGGAUUUCUAAUUGGGCAGGUCGCUCGCAUUUACCCAUGGAUUUUCGCAGCAAGAAACUCAUUAAUGACCCAAACGAUGUUGUGACAGAGUUCAUUGAGGGUCUGGUUGAAACCUAUCCUGGGUUGCAGUAUUUGGAUGGUUUCCCUGAUGUCAAAGUUGUAUUACGUGCUGAUGUUUCUGCUGCCACUUAUGACAAAGUAGCCGUAAUAUCAGGAGGUGGAAGUGGUCAUGAGCCUGCUCAUGCUGGAUUUGUUGGAGAGGGGAUGCUUACUGCAGCAAUCUGUGGGGAUGUUUUUGCAUCCCCUCCUGUUGACUCCAUUCUUGCAGGCAUCAGAGCUGUAACUGGACCUUCAGGGUGCCUCCUGAUUGUCAAGAAUUACACCGGGGAUCGCCUAAAUUUUGGAUUGGCAGCUGAGCAGGCUAAGUCUGAAGGUUAUAAAGUGGAGAUGGUAAUUGUUGGUGAUGACUGUUCUCUACCACCUCCGAGAGGCAUAGCUGGGAGAAGAGGUUUAGCUGGAACCAUUCUUGUUCAUAAGAUUGCUGGAGCAGCAGCAGUUUCUGGCCUCUCUUUAGAGGAAGUUGCUGCUGAAGCGAAACGAGCAUCAGAUAUGGUUGGGACUAUGGGUGUUGCAUUGUCAGUCUGCACAUUGCCUGGUCAAGUGACUCCAGAUCGUUUGGGCCCUGGAAAGAUGGAGCUUGGCCUUGGAAUUCAUGGAGAACCAGGUGCUGCUGUGGCUGACCUCCAACCUGUUGACGUUGUGGUCUCUCAUGUCCUAAAGCAAAUAUUGUCAACGGAAACAAAUUACGUUCCUAUUACACGUGGUAGUAGAGUUGUGGUGAUGAUCAAUGGAUUAGGGGCCACUCCUCUUAUGGAACUGAUGAUCGCUGCUGGAAAGGUUAUUCCUGGACUGCAGCUGGAACAUGGACUGGCUGUUGAGAGAGUAUACACUGGUUCAUUUAUGACCUCUCUCGACAUGGCAGGAUUUUCAAUCACUGUGAUGAAAGCAGACCAAGCAAUUUUGAACCGGUUGGAUGCCCCAACUAGGGCUCCAAAUUGGCCUGUUGCCGUUGAUGGUAACCGCCCACCCGCAAAAAUCCCUGUUCCUGUUCCACCAUCUCAUUCUAAAAAGAAUGAUGAGGUAUCGAGUCGCCCUGAAGAACUAAGUCCUUUGGGGCAUAUUCUUGAAGUGGCUAUUGAAGCAGCCGCAACUUCAAUUAUCAAUCUCAGGGACGAUUUAAAUGAUUGGGACAGCACAGUUGGUGAUGGUGACUGUGGAUCAACUAUGUCCAGAGGCGCUUCAGCCAUUCUUGAAGACAUGAAAAAGUGUUAUCCUCUGAAUGAUCCUGCUGAGACCGUCGCUGAAAUUGGAUCUUCUAUAAGAAAAGUCAUGGGAGGAACAAGCGGCAUCUUAUAUGAUAUAUUCUUUAAGGCGGCUUAUGCACAGCUGAAGGCAAAUAGUCAUGCUGGCGUCACAGCACUACAAUGGGCUGCUGCUCUUGAAGCUGCUAUUGCUGCUGUCAGUAAAUACGGUGGUGCCAAAGCAGGUUACCGGACCUUACUGGAUGCUCUCAUUCCAGCAUCAUCUGUCCUUAAAGAGAAAUUGGCCUCUGGAGAAGAUCCUGUUGAGGCAUUUGUUCUUUCCGCUGAAGCUGCUGUUGCCGGUGCUGAAUCAACUAAAAACAUGCAAGCACAGGCUGGGCGAUCAUCAUAUGUGUCGUCUGAUAUUCUAGCAUCAGUUGCAGAUCCGGGGGCGAUGGCUGCAGCGAGUUGGUACAAAGCAGCCGCGUUGGCUGUAAAGAACAAGUGCAAGGGGGUUGAUGAGUAAGGUUAAGAGGCAUUGAUAUCCUUGCGGCAUCCUUUUUUUUUUGUUCUCGAGGAGGGGAAUUUUUGUUGAGGAUCAGCUUUCCGCUUAUGCUGUUGGUGUUGAUGCAUAAAGCUGCGAGAGCCUUAUAUUCCAUCAUGUAUUGUUGUCACCUCUGUCUUCUACUAUCAUAUUCAUCACUCAACUUCAACUAUCCAUUCAAUCUCUUUUACUA